GAUCCUCUCCAUGACUUAAAAAAAACCGCUGGACUUGGUAAAGCCUUGAGAAUCUUUCAUAUUUAUACGUUAAUUAACACACAUCAGUCUGGCCUCUUACUGACCUCCAGAGCCAGGCGUAGAGGGUGAGCUGGACCCUGCUGAGGCCCAAGCCCUUCCCCUGGUCACAGAGGCUGAUGUGGACACAGUGGACCAGGCUCUGCUGGCUCUGGUCCUCAGAGAGCCCGUCCCCGUGUGGAUGUCCUGUGGGGAGCCCUUUCGGCCGCCUGAUGUUGUCAAACUAAUCGAGAGGCAAAGAGCGGCUCGCUGGAUGAAGAAGGGGAAGCUGUGUGUGGACUUGGAGAUCAGGAGGCACAAACUGAGGCAGCAGAAAGCCCGACUGCCACCCAGCCAAGACUCAUCCAGCCUGAUCUCCCAAACUAUCCGAAGGGCCUCUGAAACAACAGCUGAGCUCAACUCCUCCGAGACACACAUCAGUGUGGAGGAGUCAGUGCUGGAGCGGGAAUGUAGGGAAGAUCUCCUUAAGGAGGGGUCAAUAAGCGCUACACACAACCUCUACCAUCAGCCCAAGGUCAAGAGGGUACUGGUGCACUGCAACGGCGGGGACAUUACUCAAUCGGUGUAUGUCUGGGGCAGAACCAUUGAUGAGGUAACGCCUUGCAUAUGCCUCCAAGAGAUGUGGAACCCACAAUAAUUAACGAGUUCACCUUUAAAUGUAGAGU